AGAUGUCUCUGUGGCCAGUUGCAGACUUUCUCAGAAACAAACCAACGGCUCCAUUCCUCCCUGAUUUCCUCAACAAUAACCCGACCCCCAAUGGUUUUCCGUGGAGCCACUACGGCAUUCACACCAACUACUAUAACACGAGUCCGAACACGGGCGUCUUACGGUCCUACGACUUCACCAUUAGCCGCGGCGUCAUUGCCCCCGAUGGCUACCAGCGCAACGUCCUCCUGAUCAAUGGCGCCUUUCCCGGCCCCUUGAUCGAGGCCAACUGGGGUGACACCAUCCAAGUGACUCUGCAUAACAACAUCACGGGCCCGGAAGAAGGCACGGCGCUGCACUGGCACGGAUUCCUCCAGCAGGGAACGCCCUGGGAGGACGGCGCGCCCGCGGUGACGCAGUGUCCCGUGGCGCCGGGGAAGAGCUUCACGUAUCAGUUCGUGGCGUCGCUGUACGGGAGUACGUGGUAUCACUCGCAUUACUCCUCGCAGUAUGCGGGCGGCCUCGUAGGCCCUCUGGUGGUCCAUGGGCCAAAGUCACGUAACUAUGAUGUCGAUGUCGGUCCUGUGAUGCUGUCUGACUGGUAUCAUGACACGUACUUUGAUCUGGUGGAGAAGACGAUGAGCACCGUGCCCGGAGAGGCCUUUUUCCCGUCAGACAACAAUCUGAUCAACGGCAAGAUGUUCUUUGACUGCUCGCAAGUCACGGAUGGCACGCCGUGCACCAACAACGCUGGAAUCUCCAAGUUCAGGUUCCGGCGCGGCAAGACGCACCUCCUCCGGCUCAUCAACGCCGGGGCAGCCGGCCUUCAGCGCUUCUCCAUCGACGGCCACAAGAUGACUGUCAUUGCCAACGACUUUGUCGACGUUGAGCCCUACGAGACCAAGGUCGUUACGCUCGGCAUCGGCCAGCGCAGCGACGUCCUUGUCAAAGCCGACGGCGACCUCGACGCCUACUGGAUGCGCAGCAACAUUAGCUCAUGCGCAUUCACCAGGCAGCCCAAUGCCCUUGCAGCAAUCUACUACGACAAUGCCGAUACAAACGCUGAGCCCCGGUCCACGCCGUGGGACGUGCCUGACUCGGGAAUCUGCGUAAACGAUGACUUGUCGUUGACGGAGCCGGUCAUGAAGCUGCCUCUUCCGAAGCCCGACCUCACCAUCGACAUGGAGAUGGACCAAUACCAGAACGAGACGGGCCACCGUCUUUGGAGGAUGGACGGGGUUUCGUUCAGGGGCAACUUUAACAGCCCGACGCUGUUGCUCAGCAAUCUUGGCAACCACACGUUUGAUCCGCAGUGGAGCGUGAAGAAUACCGGCGAUGCAAAGAGCGUCCGGGUGAACCUCAUCAACCACUCAGGAGCUCCCCACCCUAUGCACCUCCACGGCUUCAACAUGUACAUCCUCCACGAGGGCCCCGGCGAAUGGGACGGCAAGACCAUCAUCCGGCCGUCCAACCCGCAGCGGCGCGACACCUUCAUGGUGCGCGCGGGCGGGCACGUGGUGAUGCAGUUUGACGCGGCCAGCAACCCCGGGGUGUGGCCGUUCCACUGCCACAUCGCGUGGCAUGCGUCCGCGGGGCUUUUCACGCAGUUUCUGACGGCGCCGAGGGAGGUGAGGAAGUUGAGGAUUCCGAAUGUCGUUGCGGAGACGUGUAGGCAGUGGGGAAGGUGGACGAAUACGAAUAUUCCGGAGCAGAUUGAUAGUGGGCUUUAG